AGGGGGGCUCUUUCUUUUCUCCCAACCAGAAGCUUUCCCCCAAGCUCUCUUAGCUUCUUCCACCAUCCUUUGAGAGAGAGAAGAAGACAGGAGAGAGAGAGAGAGAGAGGGGAGAAGAGAAGAUGGGGAGAGGAAGGGUGGAGCUGAAGAGGAUCGAGAACAAGAUCAAUCGCCAGGUAACCUUCGCGAAGCGGCGGAACGGGCUUCUCAAGAAAGCCUACGAGCUCUCCGUGCUCUGCGACGCCGAGGUCGCCCUUAUCGUCUUCUCCAACCGCGGGAAGCUCUAUGAGUUCUGCAGCAGCUCCAGUAUGUUGAAGACACUAGAAAGGUACCAAAAAUGCAACUAUGGUGCACCAGAGACUAAUAUUGUGUCAAGGGAAACUCAGACUAGUCAGCAAGAGUACUUAAAACUUAAAGCACGUGUUGAAGCAUUACAGAGAUCACAGAGAAAUCUCCUUGGUGAUGACUUAGGGCCACUCAGCAGCAAGGAGCUUGAGCAGCUUGAGCGGCAACUAGAUGCAUCAUUGAAGCAAAUCAGAUCCACAAGGACCCAAUACAUGCUCGAUCAACUUGCAGAUCUUCAACGAAGGGAACAAAUGCUCUGUGAGGCCAAUAAAAGUCUAAAGCAAAGGUUGGAGGAAAGCAACCAGGCUACUCAGCAGCAAGUUUGGGAUCCCAAUGCUCCUGCAGUGGGCUAUGGCCGGCAGCCACCUCAACCACAGGGAGAUGGAUUCUACCAACAGAUAGAGUGCGAUCCAACUCUCCAUAUCGGGUAUCCUCCAGAACAAAUAACGAUUGCUGCAGCGCCUGGGCCUAGCGUGAGUAAUUACAUGCCAGGAUGGCUUGCGUGAGGACAGAUGAUUGAUUUACCUCUGCUUGUGACCUUGGGGCAUAAUGUAUGUUGUAUGACAAAGACACUUGCACUCCAUAUGCUGAGUGUAAUGGUCUGUAAUUGGCAACUGUUCUGUUGUUUCAAGCAAGACAAUGUUGUCUACAAACCUAUUCUAUGAAAACUCCUUGAAGAGAGCUAUUCUACUACCGUA